AUGACCCCCACACCCUCCCAGCACAGUCUCCACUCGGACAGCCCUUCAAAACGCCCACCAACCCCAGCUAAAGAUCUUGAAUAUGGCAUACCCCAUCGACCAACCCACCAAUCCCGUGCUUCUACCCCACGUCUCAGCCACCAGGCAUCCUCUACCAAGUCAAACCUCGCCUGGGGCCCCUUACACCCAUGCUACCCACACCCAAACCCGCACAUACCUCUCACGUCGCCGCUACGCAGCACGACACGUAUAAUACGCAUACCGAGGGAUUGGAUGAUAGAGGGCGACCUAGCGCCCACAUUCAGCCACACAUACCCCGAGGUCCUCGGUCCCUGGGUUAGCGAAUCGGAUUUUCGAAAUUUGAUCAAGAAUGUUAAUGAAGGGCUCACAGCAGCAUUCUCACCAUACGGAUGGAGAGCUUGGCUAGACGCGGUAUUAGGCGUAGCUACUGGCUGGCUAUACGAGGAUUUGGGCUUUGCGGGCGUGAAGAAGAGGGCGCGGGAUGUGGAGUUGCUAAUCGAAGAGUGGAAUGCAAAAGGGAGGAAGGGACUUGACAAGGAGGACGGGGACCUGGUGAAGGCAAUACCGUUGAGGAGGACGGGAUACCUGUGUCUGGAUAUUCAGAUACCAGACCCGCAUGUCGGGGCUGUAGAUGAUGAAGGAGACGGUGAAGAGACUCCUAACGGGAGCGCAGCAGGCAGUGGGAGGGGAGAGUAA